UAACAUGAUCAUAUUUGAAAAGUUCCUCUUUUGCUUGCCCCUACGACAGGGUUGCCUUAUCAUGGGCUAUUUUCUAAUCAUUCAAGGCUUCGCCGAUGUCUUUGCUAUGAUGAUGAUAAUGUCUUAUUGUCCACGCCUCAAAAAGCUUUGGUUCCUUAAAGAUCAGAUCAACAUUGUUGCUGGCAUUCUGCUACUAGCAUCCACUCAUAGUCCUGAUAAUUUAGCAUUUUUAGUCCCUAUACAUAUUUUUGUAAAACUUACUGGUUUGAUUAUUGAAUUAUUAUUCUAUCUGCUGUUGGCCAGUUUCGACGACUUGGGCGACAAAAUGACAGUAUAUUCUUUCACGUCCAUUAUUGUUACUGUGUACUGUCUUCUCGUGACUUACUCAUUUUUCCAGAAGUUGAAUCAGCAGUCAUAAAUGUUGACAGAACAUAUCAAAUUGAUCGCCAAAUCCGAAUCCAUCACAUAAAUCUUAGUCCCUGUUAGAUAUAUAGGGACAGUAUUAUUUAUUUUAAUAUA